GCCUCUUUCCCUCUCAAGUGUUAUCACGUGCGUGAGCUAAUUUCUACAAGCAGCGUUAGGGUUGCACACAGAUUUAACUUCUUAGCGAGAAUGUUGUGGAAACUCGGUCUGAUUGAGGUCAAAUAUUUAGAUAAUUGGAAUUGUGAUGAAGACAAGAGGCGGGAAGAAGAACUUUUGAGAAAUACCUUAUUCUAUGACCUUUAAUAGCCGGUGGCUUUACUGCACUUCAUCCAUAUGAGAAGUUUCCCCUGAGCUCGAGACAUCUGCCGCGCACUCUGCGCUGUCCAAAACUCUCUUCCACCGGGAAUAUUACGAGUUUUUGUCAUAGGUUGUUGUAUUACCUCAUUGGAAAAUAUAGGGCGAUUGUUUCGUGGUAGACUUGGGUUGCAUGCAUCAAUGCCAAGAAAUUCCAUAAGGGUAACUUUGCCCAAGGAAAACGUGAGCCAUCUGUGCAGGAUGGAGCCGGCGGCCAAGGAGAGAGGGACGACAGAGAACGGAGGCAGCUCCUCGACGAGGGCGCAGCGCUCCUCCUGCACCAGCCUCAAGAUGUUCCUUGUAGCUCUGUCGUUUGCCUACUUUGCCAAGGCCUUGUCUGGCAGCUACAUGAAGAGCACAAUAACCCAGCUGGAGAGGCGCUUUGACAUCCCCAGUUACCUAACAGGCGUCAUCGACGGGAGCUUUGAGAUAGGUAACCUGUUGGUGAUAGCAUUCGUGAGUUACUUUGGUGCAAAGCUGCAUCGGCCCAAGAUCAUAGCCAUGGGCUGUGUACUGAUGGCCAUGGGAACAUUCAUCAUCGCUCUGCCACACUUCCUCAUCGGACGCUAUAAAUUCGAAACAUCAAUCCGAUCGUCAGUGAAUUCAACCAAUAACCUCUCUCCAUGUCCAGCGCGUCUGUCGUCACCCGCCGCGCUGGCUUCGGGUGACCCGCAUUCUAAGACGCCAAGCACAGGGACAGGUUGUGAAGGAGAGUCCAACCUCUCCAUGUGGAUCUAUGUGUUCCUGGGGAAUGUCUUACGAGGGAUCGGGGAGACGCCAGUGCAGCCCCUUGGGAUCUCGUAUAUAGAUGAUUUCGCCAGGGAGGAAAAUGCUGCAUUUUACAUUGGCUGCGUUCAGACCAUAGCUGUCAUUGGUCCUGUGUUUGGCUAUUUACUGGGAUCCCUGUGUGCCAAAAUAUAUGUGGACAUUGGAUUUGUCAACAUGGAGAGUAUCACCAUAAGUCCUGGUGAUGCUCGCUGGGUGGGGGCCUGGUGGUUAGGUUACCUUGUAGCUGGGGUGAUCACCCUGCUUUCAGCCAUCCCCUUCUGGUUCCUGCCCCGUUCCCUGCCCAUCCCGUCAGACCGAGGCCCAGCCCAGUGCACCCCGGAGCAGACUAGCUUCAUCAAAGACUCCCCUCUCCUGGAGCAUAAGUACCAAGCCGACGAGCCAGCUGGCUUUCUGGAGAUGGCCAAAGAUUUCAUACCAACGUUGAAAACCCUCCUGGGGAACCCAGUGUACUUCAUCUACCUGUGUGUAACCAUCAUUCAGCUGAACUCUCUCAUCGGCAUGGUAACCUACAAGCCCAAGUACAUAGAGCAGCAUUACGGGCAGUCCGCAUCAAAAGCCAAUUUCCUGAUGGGUACAAUCAACAUCCCUGCCGUGGCGUUGGGAAUUUUCACUGGCGGCCUGCUCAUGAAGAGGCUGAAGCUGAGCAUCAUGGGAGCGGCCAAGUUUGCGUUCGGCACCUCUCUGAUAGGCUACUUCCUAUCCCUCUUCUUCUUCGUCAUGAGCUGCGAGAACGCCAAAGUGGCUGGGAUCACGCUGCCCUACAACCGGGCGGUUGGUGUAUCGUAUGAGGAGCACUCAGUAUUCUCAGCCUGUAACUCAGACUGUGUGUGUUCAGACAGAGACUGGGACCCUGUUUGUGGAGAGAACGGCAUCACGUACGUCUCUCCCUGCCUGGCUGGCUGCCAGACCUCCACAGGAUCAGGGAAGAACACGGUGUUCUCUAACUGUAGCUGUGUGGUGGCAGCAGGGCUGAGCAGUGGUAACCUGACAGCCAGUGUAGGCCACUGUCCUCACAGAGACGACUGUGACCGUGUCUUCCCUUACUUCCUGGCUCUCUCUGUCAUCACUUCCUUUAUCAUCUCCCUGGGUGGCACGCCAGGCUACAUGGUCCUCAUCAGGUGUAUCAAGCCUCAACUGAAGUCCUUGGCUCUGGGGUUCCAUACUCUGUCCACACGUACACUUGCGGGCAUCCCAGCGCCCAUCUACUUUGGGGCGAUCAUCGACACCACGUGUCUGAAGUGGGGCCAGAAGAGAUGCGGAGGGAGAGGAGCCUGUCGGAUAUACAACACUACAGCAUACAGGAUAGCUUACCUGGGUCUAACUAUGGGCCUGAGGACAGUUUCCUUCCUGCUGUGUAUACUGGGAUUUGUGCUGCUCAAACGACACCUGCGGAGAGAGGAACGCAGUGCCCACCAAGUGGCCAAUGGAGGAGCAGAACUGGAGGUACUCAGGAAAGAGGAAGUCCUAGCCUCCAACUCGGACCAAUCGCUACGGACUCCCACAACAGACUACAACAACACAGAGAGAGAGACACGGCUGUGACAGUCUGAGACAAUCUCCCCUGAUCUCUCAUGUUACACACACACGCGAGAUGUGCAGGAACCAACAACACUCGGCGCCAGACCAUCUCAUAGAACAUAAAUUAUAUAUUUGUACUGAACCUGUCUAGGUUAUGUAUAUUUAAAAAAAAAAUAAAAAAAACAUGUUUUGAUAUAACUGACGUAUUUCAUGGAUGUACCUGCUGUAUUUGACAAAAACACAAAUGUAACAACAAAGAAUGUAAUCUUUGUUGUUUUUUU